GUGCUCCUUCAAUCGUUCCCUCUUCUCCGGCUCCCGGGCCGAGAUUUCUCGAUUCAUUUGGGACCGGGGAAAGCUUCGGAGUUAGCAUGCUGCGCACCCUGUGCCAUAUCGAACGUUUUCUUCAAAAGGAAGCUGUGCUUGCUCGGACUCAAGUUCGUCUAUUCCGGAGCGAUCUUCCUCGGUUUCGGAAACCUCGAUGGAUGCCACGCGCUCCCUCAAAGCUCUUCGAAUUGCCGAAACAUCCCGUAAUCAGUGAAGAGGAAAAACUGCAGUACGAGGCACUUGUCAAGAACUACGAUGCGGAAAUCCGUGCUAUUCAGAACUUCUUCCGGGACGAGCAGGCUCGAACCGAGGCAGAGAAAGGCAAGUUCUCUGAGACAACGAUACACGAAGAGGAGAUUUUCGAAGCGCAGCUGAAAGCUGUCGAGCAGGAGAACAUGGAAAUCGCCGAGAGAAGAAAGAUCGAGCAUGAGAAAGCGUUCCACGAAAGGAUGGCCUUGCUGCUGGAAGAGAAGAGGGUAGCCGAAGAGAACGAGCAGCGGCGAAUCGAAGAAGCUCGCCAGCUCCUCAGCAAGGAAAUGGAGAACUUCAAAAACAUCACCCUAGAGACAUUGGACGAAGCCAUAGAGAGAGCUCUCGACAACCAGUCAACAUACGACUUCGCCCUUUCAGCCACCGGGGAAAUUCUUCGGCCGAAAUCGGAAAAGCGCGCAGGGUAGGAAAUAGCCAGUGGUGUAGAUUUUGGUUGCAAGAAUAAAAAAUUGAGCUACCGUGAGAA